CCUGCCUGCUAGAAGCCGAGUGCGGAAGUGGAAACGGCACUCUGCGGGCUCAGGGUUCCGCCUGUGGACGGUUUGCCAGAUCCUCCCGCGGACAUAGUCUACUAUCCAUCAAAAUUUAACCGUUUCCAAACAACAGAGUACCGGGGAGAGAUGGCUGGACGGUUACCGGCGUGUGUUGUCGACUGCGGCACAGGUUACACCAAAUUGGGGUAUGCAGGGAACACAGAGCCACAGUUCAUCGUUCCAUCAUGUAUCGCCAUCAAAGAGUCUGCCAAGGUCGGAGACCAGGCCCAGCGAAGAAUGAUGAAGGGGGUGGAUGACUUGGAUUUCUACAUUGGAGAUGAGGCAGUAGACAAGCCCACAUAUUCCACUAAGUGGCCAAUCCGUCAUGGGAUUGUGGAGGACUGGGACCUAAUGGAACGCUUCAUGGAGCAGAUCAUCUUCAAGUACCUGAGGGCUGAGCCUGAGGACCACUACUUCCUCCUGACAGAGCCUCCUCUCAACACACCAGAAAACCGAGAGUACACAGCUGAGAUCAUGUUUGAGUCCUUCAAUGUACCAGGGCUGUACAUUGCUGUGCAGGCUGUGCUCGCUCUGGCAGCUUCUUGGACAUCCAGACAGGUGGGAGAGAGGACGCUGACAGGCACAGUCAUCGACAGCGGAGACGGUGUCACCCACGUCAUCCCUGUGGCUGAAGGUUAUGUUAUUGGCAGCUGUAUAAAGCACAUUCCCAUCGCAGGACGAGACAUCACCUACUUCACCCAGCAGCUGCUGAGGGAGAGGGAGGUGGGCAUCCCACCAGAGCAGUCGCUUGAGACAGCCAAGGCAGUAAAGGAGCGGUUCAGCUACGUGUGCCCAGAUCUAGUCAAAGAAUUCAACAAGUACGACACAGACGGCUCCAAGUGGAUCAAGCAGUACACCGGCAUCAACGCCAUCAGCAAGAAGGAGUUUACCAUCGACGUUGGCUACGAACGCUUCCUGGGACCAGAGAUCUUCUUCCACCCUGAGUUUGCCAACCCUGACUUCACCCAGCCUAUCUCUGAGGUCGUGGACGAGGUCAUUCAGAACUGCCCUAUCGAUGUCAGGCGUCCUCUCUAUAAGAACAUUGUUCUGUCAGGAGGCUCCACCAUGUUCAGGGACUUUGGGCGCCGUCUGCAGAGAGACUUAAAGAGGACGGUUGAUGCCCGACUGAAGAUGAGUGAGGAGCUGAGUGGAGGCAAACUCAAGCCAAAACCAAUCGACGUCCAAGUUAUCACUCAUCAUAUGCAGAGAUAUGCAGUGUGGUUUGGUGGAUCAAUGUUAGCAUCAACUCCUGAGUUCUACCAGGUCUGCCACACCAAAAAGGACUACGAGGAGAUCGGGCCGAGCAUCUGCCGCCACAACCCCGUGUUUGGAGUCAUGUCUUAACUUUGGACCUCCCGAAGUCUAACAGCUGGGGAUGAGGGGGGGUGGCGGGGUGGGUGCGGGGUGAGGAUUGACGAAGUUAGGUCAGACUCAGGAGGUGGGGGGGGGGGGGGGAUGGUGGCGCUUCUGUGCUUUUUGAUUAUUCGUUCAGCUAUGGAUGUGUAAGACGCAAAGGAGAUCCAGAAUAUGAAAGGAGAGGGGGAAAAAAAAAAACAAAAAACAAAAAGGAAAGAGACCAGACCAAACACAGAGCGGCUGGAAGAUUUAUUGUGAAUGUUCCUUCUUUUUCUUUCUUUCUUUGUAUUUUCUUUUCAAAAUGAGGGAAAAAUGGUUCGUAAGCCAAAACAAGUUUAAGAACAUUUCUGGAUCGGUUGAGCAACAUGCAGUGAGUGAGGAUGAUAAAGAUGAUGACGAUGACGAUGACGAUGACGAUGAUGAUGAUGAUGAUGAUGAUGAUGAAUAUAAAGAUGGUGUUGGUGGAGGCCUAAGAUGAUGACAUUGAUAGUAAUUUCCUGACACCAGAACAUAUUAUUUAUGUUUAUAGAACAUGAGUCCAGGCAAGAUCCCAUGACUCUUGAAAUCAUUGACAAGUUUAGAACAUAUUAUUGUCUGCUUUUAUUUUCUGCAAAUUAUUUCAGCUUCAAAUGCACAUGUCUGUGUAUCACGGUAAGAGCUUGUUUAUAUUUCAUACAAAAGUUUUUAUAUGUAAAACUUGGGAAAUCAGGGGUAAAAAAAAAAAAAUGAAUUAAUCAAUUCCAAUAUGAACAAGAGACUGUUUAAACCCAGGAUGCAGCUUUGAUACUCAGUAUUUUUUGAGUUUGAGUACUAUUGUUCCCCACCUGUGUCAUCGCUGUCUGCCUUUUAAUUCUUCAUAAAUUCAUUUGCAUCUGCUUUCACUUCAGACAGUGUCAGGUUUCCACCUCUGUGAUGCAGAGAGAGAAAAGAGAGAGGACUUACUAAGGUUAUAAAAAAAGAAACUGAAUAAGAAUGACUGUCAGACCAGUAUUGUUAGAAUAGAAGUUUUUUAUUAUUAAAUACCAAAUUAUUCAAAGAAUGGGAUUUGUGUAUUUAAUGCCUUGCAACAUUCCAAUAAAGGCUCAAAUUUGUUUCUAA